CUGCACUAUGGGACCAUCAUGGGCAGCAGAGCUUGUGUCAAAAUGGCAGCAGCUGCCUGGGCCAGUGGUUUUCUCAAUGCUGUACUGCACACUGCGAACACAUUUUCAGUUCCACUCUGUGAGGGCAAUGUCGUGGACCAGUUCUUCUGUGAGGUUCCCCAGAUCCUCAAGCUCUCCUGCUCAGACUCCUACCUCAGGGAACUUGGGCUUAUUGUGGUUAGUCUUUGUUUAUUCUUUGGGUGUUUCGUUUUCAUUGUGCUGUCCUACGUGCAGAUCUUCACUGCUGUGCUGAGGAUCCCCUCUGAGCAGGGCCGGCACAAAGCCUUUUCCAUGUGCCUCCCGCACCUGGCCGUGGUCUCCCUGUUUGUCAGCACUGUCAUGUUUGCCUACAUGAAGCCCCCUUCCAUCUCCUCCCCAGCUCUGGACCUGGUGGUGGCUGUUCUGUACUCGGUGGUGCCUCCAGCAGUGAACCCCCUCAUCUACAGCAUGAGGAACAACGAGCUCAAGGAGGCCCUCAGCAAACUUCUUCAAGUGGUAGUAGUUCAGCAGCAAUAA